AUGUCGCAAAUCCUAUUAGAUACCCUUAAAGAUGGUCUUGAUUCAGAGUAUCAAGUGCUCUUACAAAACAAUCCUCAAUUCCUGAAACAAGCAGAACAAUAUCUAUCAGAAUUAUUGAUUAAUGAUGAUUUAUUAUCAACAGAAGCUUUCAUGGCAUCGUCUGAACUGCAACAGACUAGCAACACUACAAUGACUCAAUCAGAGAGUACGGCAACCACCAAAAGAACCCUCAUUGAAGAAAUUGCCGAAUUAGAUAUGAAUCAACGAGCAGUUAAUCUUAAAUUAAGUUCAUUAACCGAUUCAAAUCGUGAUUUAAUUAUUGAUAUAAGUAAUGAUUUGCAACUGGUUCAUUCAAAACUCAAUCAAGAAUAUCAAUCACAAAUAGAUUCAUUGAUGAAACUUAUAGAUAAUGAAAAAAAUUCAUCCUUUCAUAGCCAUCAUCAUCAUAAUGAUAAUUAUAAAUAUUUAGUUAAUCUUAAUAAUUCAAUCUUGGAUAAAAUUGAUUCUGUAUUGGAUAUACUUGAAUUACCUACAUUAUGUAGAUUAUGUAUCCUUCAAGGGAAUUAUCAAGAAAGUUUAGAAAUCUCAAUGUUGAUUCAAGCAUUAAUUAUUCGAUUUCCAAAAUUAUCAAUCUUUAUCAAGAUUCAUGAAAAAAUUGAAUAUGAAUUGAAAUUAAUGGUGAAUGGUUUGGUGAAAUUAUUAAAUACAAAUCUUAAACAAAAUAACAUCUUGAAGAUUUUUCAAAUAUUGAAUAAAUUGGAUUUAUCUGGUGGCUCAUUGUUGUUUAAUAAUAGUCAUAAUGGAAAAGAUACUAAAUAUCAAAAGGAUAAAUUCUUGAAAUUAAUUUAUUUAAAUUCUCGAUAUAAAUUCAUUAUAAAUGAAAUUGAAAGUUUGAAACCUUUGAUUAAAUUUAAUAAAUUAAGUUAUUUAAAGAGAUUCAUUGAAACAUAUCGUGAAUUCAUAUUUAAUUCUUUAUCAAUAUUUAAUAUCAUCUUCAAACCAACAACAGCGACUAGUGAAGACGAUAAUGAGAACAGUUUAUUAAUUAAUCAAUUCAUAAGAAGUCUAGCUGGAUUAUUAUGUAGAGAAUUAUCCGCAUAUUUACCUGAUAUCAAACUACAAAACACCAAUACAGACGACUUGGAAGCUGAAAUUGAUUUAUCAAGCCAAAUUGAUGGUCUCAUAUUACAAAUAAUAUAUCUAUGUAAAUCAUUAUCCAAUUUCCAAGUAGAUUUCGAACCAAUAAUCCUAAAUGAAUUAUGUUAUACCACGCCCACACCAUUAAUAUCAGAAUCAGAUUGGUUACGAAACUCACAAAAAGUAAAAAGACAUAGACAUUAA